AUGCUACCAAGAGAUGAACUCGCCAUUUAUGGCUAUAGAACACCACAUUCAUCUGCAAGUCACAUUUCUAAAGCAGCUUCUCCUCCUGACAAAAAUGAAGAAACAGAUGGCUUUAUCAUA